AGAUUACAAGAUCAGUCGCAGCUGAAUUCGCCGUCAUUCAUAACCAAAACAAGGCUGCCACGUUGAACUGGCAUGGAGUGCAGGGAAAUGAAGCUUUGAAGCCAAUUUCCAAUGGAACGACCAACCACUUCAGACCUUCAGAACAUUGUAGAAUCACAGAAGGAACAGAUCAAGAAAUAUGAAUCCAAACUACGGGAUGUUGUUAGGGCCUACAAAGGACUUGUUAAGGAGAAAGAGGCUCUUGAGGCCAGCUUGAAGGUUCUGUCUGUCGCCCCCAGAAAGAGUGUUGAUCCCAGUGACUUCACUGAUCCCCUCCAGUCAGGCCAGGUUGCAGCUGAUCAGGCAUCCAGUACCAGUGGAGAGAGCCAGGAUGAGACAACACAGAUCCACACUCUGUCCUCCUCUCUGGCAACCCUGACUCAGGAGAAGUCUCGCCUGGAGGCCAGCUUCCUAGCAGACAAGAAGAAAAUGAGGAUGGAAAUUGAAGAUUUACAAAAGAUUCUUCAUCUCACGACUGAAAAAACCCAAAAGGAGCAAACUGCAUUGCAAAGUCAGCUGUCAGAGCUAAGAAGCAAAAUUCGAGCACAUCAGCUGGAGCGUCAAAAGGAAGAAACCGAUCAUGGUGUCAUGCUUAAAGAACUACAGUUACUAUUGGGGCAGGAGAGGACAGCAAAAGAACAGCUAGAAACACAGCUUGACACAGUGCAGAGUGCCCUAAAGGAGAAAAAUAAUGGCUCACAAGACCUUGAACUGUACGAAAAAAGAAUUAAUUUGUUGUCUGAAGAACUGGCAGCUGUAAGGAAGCAGCUGAAGGAAUCGGACAACAAAUCUAACACUCCAUCGCCAUUGUUGUUGGAACUGCAGAAAGAAAUGGAGGAACUCAAGACAAACUACCAGCAGCAAGUUGCUGAAGAAACAAGGCGGGCGAAUGAGGCAGAAUAUCAACACAACGUGUGUGCACAGCAGUCGGAAGAAAGAAUAUGCAGUCUGGAAGCCAACCUGUCUGAAAUAUCGGACAUCAUCGGCAACUACGACAAGAUGAGGGUUAAAGACCAGGAGGUGAUCACCAAGCUGAAGGAGAGGGUCAGUCAGCUGGACCAUGAGAACACGGUCCUGGCAACAGCUGCAGUCUCCUCCCUCCCUGUAGAAGACAGCCACCUGGAUCCUGAUGCCAUAGCAGAGAGAAUUGUUCAUCUAUUGGAGCAACUUAAAGCUGCCAACAUAACACUGGAGAAUCCUAUAAACAUAUUAGGGCUGCUGUCUGGGGACAGUGAAAAGACAGACAGCCUGCAUCCACAGUGUGCUCAAUACAAAGAAGAAUUAGAACAUGUCAAAGAGGAAUUUGAAAGGUACAAGUUGAGAGCACAGUCUGUUCUCAAAAACAAAAACAAGGAUUCAUCCAACAAAGAUCUGGAGGUGUUAAAAGAUCAAAUAAUCCAACUUCGAGAGAAACUAAAGCUGGGUCACCAGCAGCAUAAAGAGGUCCAAGAAGCCAAAGAUUUGAAAGUCAGCCACCUCAGUAAAACACUGCAGACCGAUCAGGAACAGCACAGGCAAACACUGGGAACAGUUAAGUCACAGCAUGCCAAACAAAUCAAGGAAAUGGAGUAUGAAUUAAAGAAGCAGCGAGAGAGGACCAUUGCAAUGUUAGCAGAGAAAGAUGGAGAACUAUCAGCACUGAAAACCUUUACCAGUCACAAUGUGGACCUGGAGUAUGUAGGUGAGAUGAAUGAGUACUCAGAUGUUGCCAUGGAAGCUGGCAAGCAGAAAGAUACGGAUGGGAAAGAUGCUGUGAAAGAACUCCUUGCACAGUCACAUGGACAUCAAGGAGAAACUUUGCUGCUUCACUUUUCCCAAGAACAGGCACGGAGGGAUGUGGAACUAUCCAGUUUGAGGAAACAGAAGAGACAGUUAGAAGGAGCAUUAAGGGACAGUGAACAUACCAGUAGCCUAAGGCAAGAUAAACUCAAAGAAGAAAAUGAAAAGUUAACAGAAGAAUUAUGGAAACAGCAAAGAAAUGUGACACGAGAAAAUGCCAAUUUAGAAUAUUUAAAAAAUGUAGUCUAUAAUUUUCUCAUAAGUUCAGAUAAAAGUGGCAAGAAGCAAAUGCUGAAAGCCAUUAUGACAAUUCUGCAGUUCAGUCCAAAAGAGAAAGAUAUGGUAAAUUCAAAUGUUAGUUUGUAGGGUGCUGAAAGUUAAGCAGUUGUAUUUACCCGUGAGACAAAUCUACCCCAAGCAAGAACAUUACAAGUUCACACACAGUAUCUCCAAGUUAAAAAUACUUUGUUGUCAAGAUUGUUCUUUUUCCCAUGAAUUUGACACUGAAAUUAGGAAUAUUGUGCAAUAAAAUGUACAAUUGUCAAUAUGGCAGCCAUAUGGAAAGAUUUAUUUUUGGCCAUGUUUGGCCAAUUUCACUCCAAAUGUAAUAAAAUUUGGUAUAAGUAUAGCUGUAUAUUUCAAGUUCUGCUAAUAUAAUUUGACCUUAGAACUGCAACAGAAGAACAACUUUACCAUGGAAGCUGAAACUUCACGUUUGCGUCAAUUUGCAAAAUGGCUGCCACAAGCAGCUAUUUUACCUAAUUAUGGCCACUGCUCAAAAUGUAAUGUAAUGCUCUUAAAUACUAUAAAAAAUGUAUUUUUGAUUUUGUAAACUUUUCUGAUAUUAUCAUGUUUGAGUCUCCCUAUGAUGACAACAUAUUUUGUUCAAAUCAUAAGAACUUUUGUGUGUUUUUUUGUGUGUAAAACAACUGGAGAUAUUGUAUGGCAUUAGAAAAUUUAUUCCCCUAGAAAGUAUAUAAGGCUCCAAGUUUUUAAACUUUGCAUAGAUUUGACUGUUGCCAUUGUCAUGUUUCAAAAAUGAAACAUUUUAGAUUUUGAAUAAUGGAAGCAAAUGUGACGUAACUCAUCAAAAACGCCAAAGAAAUGUUUAAAUUACUAAAGAAAUAUUCUGACUGAUAUAAAAAUUUCAAAUAAAUUUAACAAUAUACAUGUAUUGAUGUCUCCUGUUAAAGGUAUCUACUCUUUCACGUGUCAACACUGUAUAUAUGAUGUUUAUGUAUAUAUGUAUAUAUGUUGCAUCCCUAUGAUCGCGAGUACUACUCCCAGGUUUACCCUGGCUCUAAGGUGUGUGUUUCAAAUUAUAAAACAUGGUGCAAGUUUCAGAUUUUAUAUAAUCAUUGCAGAUUAACUCAAAGCAACUAUUUCAACACCUAUCAUAUGUCAUGAUUAUGUCAAAUGUCAAGGUCAUUCACUCAUAUGAUGAACCUGUGAAGAUUCAGGUUAGAAUCGGUCUUCAGCAACCCAUGCUUGCCGUAAAAGGCGACUAUGCUUGUCUUAAGAGGCGACUAACAGGAUCGGGUGGUCAGACUCGCUGACUUGGUUGAUGUAUGUCAUAGUAUCCCAAUUGCAUAGAUCGAUGCUCAUCAUGUCAAUCACUGGAUUUUCUGGUCCAGACUCGAUUGUUUACAGAUCGCCGUGAUAUAGCUGGAAUAUUGCUGAGUGUACGUUAAACAACAAACAAACAAACUCAUAAAAUGACUUGUAAAUAGACUUAUUCAGGAAGUAUUGUUAGUAUGGUAUGGAGACGUGUUGACCUUUUGUACCAUUAUUUUGUGUGGGAAUUCCUGUUUCAAAGCUGGAAGUGAUGUUAUUAGACUGGAAGUGCUUGCAACUUAGUUAUUAGGGUAGCUAGCGGUGUAGGACUUUCUGUCACUAAUUUGUACUGCAAUGGGCAUGUGUGAGCUCCACUGUCGCCUGGUGUGGUAAAGUCUAAAUGGUUCAUGACACAUGUUUCUGAUGGGGAAGUUUCAGCACAUUCAGAAAAUGGGGGGAAUGGGUCUUCUUCUGUUUUAGCACUUAAUCCAAACACCUUUCUAGUUGUAUACAGUACACAGUCAAAUAUAUCUGUAUUCUACAGUGCAUACUUACAUUUUGUGAUUUGAUAUAUACAGUAUAUGGUUACAUCAUCAACAAUCCUAUGUGUAUCAUGCAUGUACAUGCAAGCUGUUCAAUAUUACAGAAAUGGUGAUAUUCUUCUUAAAGAGCAAAAGCUUGAAAGCAAUUCCAACCACUCAGUUGUGUACAAGUAAGUAAACCUGGCAGCUUGUUAAUCUUAAAAUCAAUACCAUAUUUUCUCUAUUAGAUGUUUGGCCUCCAUUACAUGCCAGCCUCUUAUUGAUGCCGGGUCAUACACUUUGUCCAAAAAAUAAUAGACAAGGCUCUAUUAGAACCUGGUUUCUAUUAUGUGAUAUAUUGGGAUUAUUAAUGACCGUGUCCUGCAAAUGCACUCUUUGUAUGACUAGAACUUGAGGUAAGGUAGUGAGUUGCCACUGUACCAGCAUUAAACAGAUUAGACAGCAGGUCAAUGGCUUGCACAAAAUUAACAUCUUAUAGAGGAAACAUGAGAUUUCUAAGAAGUGUUUCAGUGGCCAGUAUACAUUCUCAGUACAGCAGUUUAUCGACUAACAGUUCCAGUUUCUUCACAACAUUCCCACUGAACAAUGAUGAAUUGCAUUACACCACUGUCACUGGCUAAUUUGCAUAUCACUUAACCUGACAUUUCUCUUGUUUGAAAACAAACGUGCAUAUUCUGAAACCAGAACAGACUGGCCUUUCAGUGCGCUUUACAUAUUGUUGACCCGUGAAGAUCCGGGUUAGAAUAGUUCUUCAGCAACCAUGCUUAUCGUAAGGUUCGACUAACAAGAUCAGGUGGGCUAGCUCACUUAGUUGAUGCAUGUUAUUGUAUUCCAAUUGCGUAGAUUAGUGCUCAUGAUGUCAAUCACUGGAUUGUCUGGUACAGACACGAUUAUUUACAGACCGCCUUCAUAUGGCUGGAAUAUUUGUGAGUGCAUAAAACAACAAACCAACAAGAUUACAUAUUGUUUGUUUAAUUUCAUAGAUGUGCUACUACAACUGCAACAGUAUUUAAAGGGGCAUGACAAUUUACCUUUAUGCAUCAAAGUGUCUGUAUCGCUAGCUCCCUUUAGGGCUUCCAUGAAAGAAUGUGGAAAGUACAACCAAUGUAAAUAAAGGAUAAAUAUGCAAAUGGAAAUAGUUUUUCCCAUUUUAGGAUAUUUUAUCAAUGGAGGCUAACCAUUCUAUGACAUGUUCAUCUGAAUGUGGA